GAAUCCCGGUCAGAAGUUCUAGCCUGCCACUGUUCUCUGAUGCCAUGCCAGCACCAACUCAACUGUUUUUUCCUCUCAUCCGUAACUGUGAACUGAGCCGAAUCUAUGGCACUGCGUGUUACUGUCACCACAAACAUCUCUGCUGUUCAUCAACCUACGUUCCUCAGAGUCGCCUGAGAUACACCCCCCAUCCAGCAUAUGCUACCUUUUGUAGGCCAAAGGAGAACUGGUGGCAAUACACCCAAGGAAGGAGAUACGCUUCCACACCACAGAAAUUUUACCUCACACCUCCACAAGUCAACAGCAUCCUUAAAGCUAAUGAAUACAGUUUCAAAGUACCAGAAUUUGAUGGCAAAAAUGUCAGCUCCAUCCUAGGAUUUGACAGCAAUCAGCUGCCUGCAAAUGCACCCAUCGAGGACCGGAGAAGUGCAGCAACCUGCUUGCAGACCAGAGGGAUGCUUUUGGGGGUUUUUGAUGGUCAUGCAGGCUGUGCUUGUUCCCAGGCAGUCAGUGAAAGACUCUUUUAUUAUAUUGCUGUCUCUUUAUUACCCCAUGAGACUUUGCUAGAGAUUGAAAAUGCAGUGGAGAGUGGUCGGGCACUGCUACCCAUCCUUCAGUGGCACAAGCACCCCAAUGAUUACUUCAGUAAAGAGGCAUCCAAAUUGUACUUCAAUAGCUUGAGGACUUACUGGCAAGAGCUCAUAGACCUCUAUACUGGAGAGUCAACUGAUAUUGAUGUUAAGGAAGCUUUAAUUAAUGCUUUCAAGAGACUUGAUAAUGACAUCUCCUUGGAGGCUCAAGUUGGUGAUCCUAACUCUUUCCUCAAUUACCUGGUGCUUCGGGUAGCAUUUUCUGGGGCCACUGCUUGUGUGGCCCAUGUGGAUGGUGUUGACCUUCAUGUAGCCAAUACUGGAGAUAGCAGAGCCAUGCUGGGUGUGCAGGAAGAAGAUGGUUCUUGGUCAGCACUCACACUGUCCAAUGACCAUAAUGCUCAGAAUGAAAGAGAACUAGAACGACUGAAAUUGGAACACCCAAAGAAUGAAGCCAAGAGUGUGGUGAAACAGGAUCGCCUGCUUGGCUUGCUGAUGCCUUUCAGGGCUUUUGGAGAUGUAAAGUUCAAAUGGAGCAUUGACCUUCAAAAGAGAGUGAUAGAAUCUGGCCCAGACCAGUUGAAUGACAAUGAAUAUACCAAGUUUAUCCCUCCUAAUUAUUACACACCUCCUUAUCUCACAGCAGAGCCAGAGGUAACUUAUCACCGAUUAAGACCACAGGAUAAAUUUCUAGUGUUGGCUACAGAUGGGUUGUGGGAGACUAUGCAUAGGCAGGAUGUGGUUAGGAUUGUGGGUGAGUACUUAACUGGUAUGCAUCACCAACAGCCAAUAGCUGUUGGUGGCUACAAGGUGACUCUGGGACAGAUGCAUGGCCUUUUAACAGAAAGGAGAGCCAAGAUGUCCUCCGUAUUUGAAGAUCAGAAUGCAGCAACCCAUCUCAUUCGCCACGCUGUGGGCAACAAUGAGUUUGGGACUGUUGAUCAUGAGCGCCUCUCCAAAAUGCUUAGUCUUCCUGAAGAGCUUGCUCGUAUGUACAGAGAUGAUAUAACAAUCAUUGUAGUUCAGUUCAAUUCUCAUGUUGUGGGGGCAUAUCAAAACCAGGAGUAGUGAGUAGAUCUUACACUGGCAAUUUUCAAAUUUAAAGGGCAGAUAGACUUUUUAAAAGGUACUAAUAUAAUAAACAUUUCCAGUAGGUCAUUCUAAACAUUUCCCCAUUUGAUACUAUAGGUGGUCAAAUAUACCAAAUUGACUUGGCAGCAGGCAGCAGGAUUAUGAGUGUCUGUUCUGCCUAAUAGAACCUUACAGCACCUGCACUUGAGGCAGUUCAGUUCCUUAUUGCAAGUGUCGUGAGACGCUGACUUCUUUUACCAACCUGAGAAUGUCAGGAUUAUCUGACAUACAAGAUCUUGAAUAAGUCAAAAGCAAGGGUCUUGCUGAGUGUAUUCUGUUGGUGAAAGACAGGAAACAAUACUGUUCAUACUUGUAGACCCCUUUCUUCACUAAAAUCCUAGUGUAUGAGAACAUUUAUUUAUUGCAUGAUUUUUAGAUACACAGUCUAUGCAUUAUUCACAUAAAUUUUAGCCUGAAGUGGUUUUCAAAUCCAGUACUUUAAGCCAUAAAUGACCACAAACUAAGCAA